AUCGGUUUCCGGAAGCCCGGGCGGAGUCCCCAUGACAACCGACGUGGGGGCUUUGAGGAUCUUGUCUUAAAGCAAAAGAAACAGUUCUGAUUCUGAAGAACGCUUCUCCCUCAGUGCUGGGGAGAGAAUCAGGAGCUGUUUUCUGGGAAGCUGGGGGAUGUGCCUUUGGGAGCCCGAGAGAACAGAAGGAAGAUGCUCCAGACCAGUAACUAUAGCCUGGUGCUCUCCCUGCAGUUCCUGCUGCUGUCCUAUGACCUCUUUGUCAACUCCUUCUCGGAGUUACUCCGAAUGGCUCCUGUUGUCCAGCUGGUGCUCUUCAUCAUCCAGGAUAUUGCAGUCCUCUUCAACAUCAUCAUUAUUUUCCUCAUGUUCUUCAACACCUUCAUCUUCCAGGCUGGCCUGGUCAACCUCCUGUUCCAUAAGUUCAAAGGGACCAUCAUCCUGACAGCUAUGUACUUCGCUCUCAGCAUCUUCCUUCAUGUCUGGGUCAUGAACUUACGCUGGAAGGACUCUAACCGCUUUGUCUGGACAGAUGGACUUCAAACGCUGUUUGUAUUCCAGAGGCUAGCGGCAGUGUUAUACUGUUAUUUCUACAAACGGACAGCUGUAAGACUGGGCGAUCCUCGCUUCUACCAGGACUCUGUGUGGCUGCGCAAGGAGUUCAUGCAAACCCGAAGGUGACUUACACACUGAUGGUGCCUUUCCUUCCUGACAGCAGCCACGUUUGCGGCUCUGCAAGGGGGAAGUUGGCCCUAUGCACCAGAAAGCAGCUUGACUUUCCCAGGACAGGCUCUGGCCAGUUGUGUUCAGCAGCCAAGAAGCAAGACACCCCUCUUGCAAAUUAAAGUGUUCCCAAUACAGACUCCAGAACAUACAUAAUCCCGUCCUGGCCUCCUGUCUCAGUUUUGCCCCCUUUCCUUUCUGCCCCACCUUCCUCACAGGGCUUCUUGGCUUUUAUCCUUGGGGAGCUUCCCACUUAGCCUGGUACAGGCGCUCCCAGCAUCUAUGAUUCUUGCACCACAAACUGAGGACCAAGUGAUACAAAGAGGGAUGUUUCUGUGCUCCUGACAGCACACCUUGGACAUUUAGAUUUUAUACCUAAGACACUCUUUUUUUU